AUGCUAAACGCUGACCAACUUUUGACCACGACCACAUCUGAAAGACCAAAGCAGGGUCCAGUGACAACUGUAGGACUCUUCAGACUUCUAUCAAGCCUCUCCCAGGAGCAGGGGAACCUGCGGGGUGGUGAAGGUGUGCAGAGUCAGCGCUGCCAGCUGCAGAGGGCUCAGCGUGCAAGACAGACGACCAAGAAGGAGCGCAGGCCCCGACGGCGGAACAAGAAACGACAAGACUCUGCUGAGGCUGAAGAGCUCUUCACCACACCUCGGAAGCCUUCCUUCCCCUUCCAGUGGGCCUGGGAGAGCUUCCUUGUAGAUGACCAGACUCUGCUUCAGCCAAGCUCCUCUGUGGCCCAGGGCCACCAAUCCCUGCCCGUGCCACGGGAGGCUCCCCAGCUUAAGUCCAGGCAGAAGUCGGCCACCGACCUCCCAGAACCCCCUGAUCCCUGCCAGAGGUUGGAGGCGCAGAGUCUGGAGAAGAGACAGCAGCCGGGGCCCUGGGGCGGCACCAGUCCUCUGCUGGGCAAAGCAGAGACCCAAGGGCCAGAACCAUCCAGUGAAGGUGGCCUUUGGCCAGCAGGGAAGGGGUCAGGGUCAGGGUCAGAGUGUGAAGAGACCUCUGAGCUGGAAGGGCAGGGGGCCGAGGAGGAGGCCGAGAGGGCUGUGAGCCCUGGGGAACUAACCCAGCUCCCAGAGAGGGGCUCGCCCCUAGAGGAGGAGUGGGUGACCGGGGAGCGUGGUCCCCCCCACAGAAGGAAGGGCGGCUCUCGGAAAAAGGGGUGGAAUUCUGAAGCGAAGGCUCCAGAAGCAGGGGAGCCGCAGAGCCACGGCCAGGGAAGCAGCUUCCGAGGCCCACAGAGGGGGAAGUUGAGGGCCAAGGAGCUGGAAGGGCCCUGGGACCUGGAGAGGCUGCACAAGCAGUUACAGGAAGAGCUGGAUUGUGGCCCUCAGAAGCAGACCUGGAAGACUUUGCGGGCUGCUAUCCAGGCCUCUAGCAGGAGUGGGAAGAUCCAGUCCGUGGCUGAUGAGGAGACUUCGUCUUCCAGCUUUCCUAAUCGCACCUUCCACAAACGACAGGAGGCUACCAGAAACCUGCUGCAGGCCUGGGAGCGGCAACAGCUGGAGGAGCAGCAGCAGACUGAGAAGCGCAAGGCUCGGGAGCACCAGGUUCAGCAGCAAGUGGCCCGCUGCCUGGCAGCCUACACACCCCGGAGCCGGGGAGCCUUGGCUGCCCAGCGCAAGCUGGAGGAGCUGAGGCGCCAGGAGCGACAGCGCUUUGCUGAAUACCAGGCGGAGUUGCAGGGCAUCCAGCACAGGGUGCAAUCCCGGCCUUUCCUGUUUCAGCAGGCCAUGCAGACCAAUGCCAGGCUCGCGGUGACUAGGCGCUUCUCCCAGGUGCUAUCGGACCUGGGAGUAGAUGAGGAGCAUCUGCUGGCUGAGGCAGGAAACACAGAGGACACCUCUCGGAAAUCCAGGAGCCACCGGUCAGUGGGAGUAGUCAUGGAGCCCUCUUCUUCAAGUCCCCCAAAGAUGGGAGCCACUGGCAGCCAACAUGGCAGACACUCCUCUCCCAGCCUGGACCUAGAAUAUAGUCCCUGA